AUGUCGUCACAAGCCGACAUCGAUCAACUGGCUCAAAAGUUUGGCAUCAAGAAUGCAGGACUGAUCAAGACGGGUGCUUACAUUGGGGGCCAGUGGCAUCAAUUCAGUGACGAAACGUUUUCUGUUGAAGACCCGGCCACCAACGAUCAUUUGCUGAAGGUAUCUAAUACGCCUAUCAGAGUUGUGGAGCAAGCCAUUCGGGACGCCGAUAUCGCAUUUAAAGAGUUCAGGAGAACUACCGGCAGGCAAAGAAGUUUGUUGCUCCGAAAACUCUACGAUUUGAUGAUUGAGAAUGGUGAAGAUCUUGCCAAGAUUUGCACCCUAGAAAAUGGAAAACCCUAUGCUGAUUCCUUGGGGGAGCUGAGGUAUGCCUCAUCCUUUUUCGAGUGGUUCUCGGAGGAAGCUCCAAGAAUAAACGGUGAUAAUAUACCUUCCGCAGACCCUAGCAGACGGAUAAUCACCUACAAGCAACCAAUUGGACCUGUUGGUAUUUUAACACCAUGGAAUUUUCCAAUUGCGAUGAUCACAAGAAAACUAGGAGCAGCUUUUGCUGCGGGAUGUACAGCUGUUAUCAAGCCUGCCACCGAAACUCCGCUUUCGGCUUUGGCCAUAGCAGUUCUCAUUGAGAAAGCCGGGUUCCCUAAAGGUGUUGUGAGUAUCAUUCCAGUCGAUCAAGAAAGGACCAAGACUGUUGGACAGAUGUUCUGCGAGUCUCCGUUGUUGAAGAAAAUUUCUUUUACGGGUUCAACCGGUGUUGGUAAAAUUCUGAUGACCCAAUCUGCUUCCACUCUUAAAAAGCUAUCAUUUGAAUUGGGCGGAAAUGCCCCAUUUAUUGUCUUCGAUGAUGCAGACGUUGACCUUGCCGUGCAGGGUGCCAUCGCAUGCAAAUUGAGACAAUCUGGUCAAACAUGUGUUUGUGCUAACCGACUUUAUGUUCAAGAGGGAAUCUAUGAGACUUUUGCAAAAAAACUAGCUGGUGCAGUUGCUCAGCUCAAGCUGGGUCACGGACUGGAAGCAGGAACAACGCAUGGGCCUCUAAUUCAUCAAAGAGCUGUCGCAAAGGUCAGAUCACAUAUUGAAGAUGCUGUUAGCAAAGGAGCCAAGAUAAUUAUUGGUGGGAAAAUUGAAAAAUCUUUGGGUGCUAACUUUCAUCAGCUUACUGUUUUGACUGAUGUUCCCUUGAACGCGGUAGUGACAAACGAGGAGACGUUUGGGCCAUUAGUUCCAUUGAUCAAGUUCAGCACUGAAGAGGAAGUUAUCGAUCUUGCUAACGAUACUGAAUAUGGUCUUGCGGGUUAUUUCUUCUCGAAGGACUACGCAAAAGUAUUCAGAGUGAGCGAGCAGCUUAACAGUGGUAUGGUCGGUGCCAAUACCGGAGCCAUGACGGAAGCCGCUCUUCCAUUUGGUGGUAUUGGCUGGUCAGGAUUUGGAAGGGAAGGUUCCAAGUAUGGGGUGGAUGAUUACGUUAUUCUGAAAUCUGUUGUUAUCGGUAAUAUUUAA